CAGCGUUAAGUAUCAUAUUUCAACUUGGAUCUAUCACGUUGACUUCAAAUUUGUUACAAAAACGUUCAAGAUAAACGUAUUCUUUAACUGAAACUGCAGCUCGUGAUCAGAAGAUACGUACACAGUGAAGAUAACUAGCUACUUAUAUUUUUGUUUAGUUGAUUAUGGCGAUUAUGACGAUUAUGACUGUGCAUUCAUGCUGCCUGAAUGUUUACUGUGAAGGGUCCCAACUAUAACAUUCACGAUAUACCGCCCAUCUACAUCAGAAAGUUUGUAAAUGUAAAUAAGGAGAGGAACUCUCAAUUCUUCUGAGUGCAGUUUUUGAAUAAAUGCCUAUUACUUUAUUUACUGCAACAUUUUUUCACAAUGAGCAAUCGCACGCAGCACCUCUUCGUAGUGGUUUGUUUAUCACUCUUGUUGAAUCAGAGUGACAUUGAUAACUCUCGGUACAGCUUCAAUGUUGAAUGGCAUGAUACAGAAGCUUCUAUCAUACGAACAUUUAUUUUAUUCUAUUAUAAAGUGGAUGGAACAAUUGAACUUUAUGACACGAAAUACCGACGGAUGUUCCUCAGACGUACAAAAUGUGACAGUGUUACUCUUGGUGACCUGCACAUUGAUGCAUCAGUGAACAUCUUAUCGAGGCAGAUGAAAAUUACUGGCUUUGCUGAUGAGUAUACACAUGUGCACUUGGGGAUUGUUAUGCAGAGGACAUUUGCAAUGCUAAAACCUGAUGCUGUGGAAAAAAUGGGCCAAAUAUUAAAGCUGAUCAUAGAAAAUGGAUUUAAAGUUACAAAGUUGAAAAUGGUACAAAUGACAAAGGAACAUGCUCUGGAAUUCUAUGCAGAGCACAAGGGUAAACCAUUCCUUCCCUUCUUGGUAGAAUACAUGACAUCAGGACCAGUUAUUGCAAUGGAGCUCCUUGCAGAGAAUGGAGUGGCAAAAUGGCGUGAACUACUGGGGCCCACUGAUUCUGAACAAGCACGUAAAGAUGCACCAGGCAGUAUACGAGCUCGCUUUGGUAAAGACAAAUCACUCAACGCUGCUCAUGGUUCCGAUUCAUGUAUAUCUGCUGAAAGGGAACUGAACAUUUUCUUUCCAAUGAGUCGGAUUGCCCAAUAUGAGUCCCCGCGGUCCACAGCCACGUUCAAGAAUACCACCUGCUGCAUCAUCAAACCACAUGCUGUUCAGGAAGGUCUGUUAGGAGAUAUAGUAUCAGAAAUACAGGAAAAUGGCUUCAAGAUAACAGCAAUGCAGAUGUUCUACAUGGAGCAUCCGAAUGCUCAAGAAUUCUAUGAAGUUUACAAGGGAGUCUUGGCAGAGUACUCAGGAAUGGUGAACCAGUUGGUUUCGGGAGCGAGCGUGGCAAUGGAAAUUGCAGGGUCUGAUGCAGACACUCCAAGCAAAUUCCGUGCCUUUGUGGGACCUGCAGACCCUGAGUUGGCGAGGAAAUUGCGUCCCACUACACUCAGAGCUAAAUUUGGCAAAACCAGAGUACAAAAUGCAGUUCACUGCACUGAUCUUCCAGAGGAUGGACUUUUAGAGGUCGAAUACUUUUUCAAAAUCCUGGAAUAAGUUUGCUGCUUGCAAUUCUUGUGAAGAUCCAAAAAUGUUUUGUAAUACACAAGAAGCAGAAUUAUUGGGCGUGAAACAUCAUCAGGCACAUGCAGAUAUUGUUAUUUUUUAUAUUGUUCACACUGUGCCAUUACACACUGUUUAAUCAUAAAAAUAUAUUUUGCACAACACUUCUACA